AUGGGUCCCGAGAGUGGGGUAGAAGGGCCUGCUUGUGGUUGGGAGACUCCUGGUGACUGGUGGGCAAUAAAGACCUUUCAGUGUCCCAGCGUGUGUGAGGCACUUUCCUCCUCUCUCUUUUGCCCUUUGCCCUUCUGUUUCUCUCUUCCUGAGGAUCCUCUCCGGAUCGGUUUCUCCCAAUCUAGGAUCAAGAUGGUGCAAAGACAGAGAGCACAGCUUUAUAGAAGAAAGAUGGCAUCUCAGAGGCUUCGCACACCUGGAUUACAGCUGGCGGACCACUUGGUGUUGGAUAAGCAGGCAGGGAAAGAAUUGGAGCGAUGCCAGCAGCAGGCGGAUGAAGUGACGGAAAUCAUGCUCGACAAUUACCAAAAGGUCCUGGAGCGGGAUGGCAAGUUGGCAGAGCUGGAGCAGCGCUCGCACAAGCUCCUGGACAUGAGUUUGGCCUUCAGCAAGACAACCAAUACUCUAGCCCAAAAGAAGCGCUGGGAGAACAUCCGGUGCCGGGUCUACUUGGGGCUGGCAGUGGCUGGUGGCCUUCUCAUCAUCCUGAUUGUGCUGCUGGUCACCUUUCUUCCCACAAGCGAUGGGGAAAGUAGUCAACCAUAGGACUUGGAUGCAGGAACUGCCGUACGAACUGGAACUGACCCAGCCAGGCCUGAAGGAGAGGCUGAAGGACCGCACAGGCCUGUCCUGGUCUCCAGGGAAUCUUGGUGUUUGCGUCUGUCUAGGACUCCCCACUGAGUGCUAAGGGCAUCCUGGAUGUUGUGCACCUCUACAUUGCCCAUUAUGUCAUGGACUGGCCCCUGAGGGCAGCCUGCUGCACUGGCCCUACUAAGUUGCACCGCUGGAGCUGAGUAAAAGCUGCUGUUUGGUUAAAAGGGUGCUCGCUUUCUUUCUUUCUUUCUUUCUUUCUUUCUUUCUCUCUCUCUCUCUCUCUCUCUCUCUCUCUCUCUCUCUCUCUAACACGCACCCCACAGACACAGAAAUAUAACAGACACGCAUACACCACAGACACAGAUGUGUACAUACACACUCCAGACACAGAAAUACCACACACACACACACACACACACACACAUCCCACAGGCCCAGAAACAUACUACAUACUAUAUACACACAUAUAUACACUAAAUUAAUGUAAUUUUAAAAAGAAAAUAAAAUCUGUUUCCUAAAGGAGGAUACCCCUUCCUUUCCUCUCCUCCUUGAUCUUGCCCUUCACAGACAGACCUUUAUGUAAUAUGGGGGCACAGACAUAGCAGCCCACAAAACAGACCUUUGAAAAUGAAAUCCAUCAUUUCUGACAUCUUGAGGGUUGUCAGAGGGCUAAUGGGACUCCAGAUGGA